AUGCAUUUCGGAGCGGCAGAGGAGGAUGUGGAGGAGCUGCAGGACGCUUUCCUUGACCUUGAUGACCCCGACAACGAGAUUCUCGACGAGAGCAAGAUGGCUGAAAUUGGAGACGACGACGGCGAGCUGCAGGAGGAUGAAGAAGAAGCGCAACGCUGUGGGGCCUUUGAUUCCGCUGACGCCGGGGAACACGACACGGCUGAUGAAGUAGAGGGUGCAGAGGAUCUCAACGCUAUUCCGGACCGUGAGCCGGAGCGCGAUGACGCCCUCUGCGUGUUCCGUGGACGUGACGGGCGUCCGCUGCAUGCCAUUGUUGUACAUCCACACGAUGCCCACAUUUUUGCGGCGAGUGGGGAGAGUGACGAGGUGUACAUUCUGCGGCUCGCAGCGGAUGGGCAUACUAUAGAAACAAGGGCGGUGUUGCAGGGCCAUAGCGACACUGUCAGCCUUUUGGCCUUCUCACCGGAUGGGACUUGCCUUGCAAGCAGUGGUCUUGACUCCGUGGUGGCGCUCUGGUCCACGUCGACGUGGGAGCUGCAGCACUGCCUCCGUGACCUCAGUGGCGAGAUCCUGACACUGCUGUGGCACCCAUCCAGUCUUGUGCUGCUCGCUGGCGGGGAGGACGCGCAGGCGGCAAUGUGGAAUGUUGCAAAGGGGACGCUCGCCAUGUACUUCGCUGGCCACAGCGGCCCUGUGACGUGCAUGGCGUGGUCGCCAGAUCACAAGAAGGUUCUGACAGGCAGCGGUGACGGCAGCGUCAUUGUGUUUAGCCCCAAGACCGGGGAGCAGGAGGCGUACAUUACUAAAGGCCUCAGCCCUCACAGGGCGCCUGUUACAGCGCUCUGCCUUCUCGGCGACGAUGACCGCUGCGUUGUUGGCUGUGAGGAUGGCACGAUGCAUAUCAUCUCGCUGCGCAGUGGGCGAGCUGUCACCUCGAUGCAAGAGACACACAGUCAAGCGAUUGAAAGCCUUUGUAUCAGUCACAGUAAUGCGGCUGAACACGUUGCUUCGCCGCCACUGCUGCUUUCUGCAUCAUGUGACUGCUCGAUAGCCGUUUGGAAUACCGCAGACCUUACGCUCCGAGUGGUGCUUCGCGUUGGCGAGAGCAUCAUUCCUGCAGUGUGGGCGUGUUGCCACUUUAUCGUUGCCGGCUGCAGCGAUGGGGAGGUUAAAGUGUGGGACGGACGUUCACUGGAGCAGCAACCACUCGUACGCCUCAUGGGGCACCGCCGUAUGGUUCUCAGCCUCAUUGUUAUUGAAGACGCUGGCAUGGUUGCCACGGCAAGUGACGAUGGAACAGUCCGUUUUUUUGCGUCUCAGUUCCACUAG